UAUGGUUAUUCAGUUGCCUUGGAGAUGAUCCUGCUGCUGUAGAUGUAGGGCAGAAGAUUAAUGGUGCGGGCAGUAUGGACCUAAUGAACGGGCAGUCAAGCAGUGUUAAUAUUGCAGCUACUGCUUCAGAGAAGAGUAGCAGCUCUGAAUCCUUGAGUGACAAAGGUUCAGCUGAACUGAAGAAGAGCUUUGAUGCGGUGGUAUUUGAUGUUUUAAAGGUUACACCAGAAGAAUAUGCAGGUCAGAUAACACUAAUGGAUGUUCCUGUAUUUAAAGCAAUUCAGCCAGAGGAGCUGGCAAGCUGUGGCUGGAAUAAAAAAGAGAAAUACAGUUCUGCACCAAAUGCUGUUGCUUUCACCAGAAGAUUCAAUCACGUAAGCUUCUGGGUUGUUAGAGAGAUUCUACAUGCACAGACCUUAAAAAUAAGAGCUGAGGUUUUGAGCCACUAUAUUAAAACUGCGAAGAAACUGUAUGAGCUGAAUAACCUGCAUGCUCUUAUGGCAGUUGUGUCAGGCCUACAGAGUGCUCCAAUCUUCAGGCUGACUAAAACGUGGGCGUUAUUGAGUCGGAAGGAUAAAGCUACCUUUGAAAAGCUGGAGUAUGUUAUGAGUAAAGAAGAUAAUUACAAAAGGCUUAGAGACUAUAUCAGCAGCUUGAAGAUGACUCCUUGUAUUCCCUAUUUAGGUAUUUAUCUGUCAGACUUGACGUAUAUUGACUCUGCCUACCCAUCAACAGGGAGCAUUCUGGAAAGCGAGCAGAGAACAAAUUUAAUGAACAACAUUCUUCGAAUUAUAUCAGAUUUACAGCAGUCGUGUGAAUAUGAUAUUCCUCUGUUGCCUCAUGUCCAAAAAUAUCUAAACUCAGUCCAGUACAUAGAAGAACUACAAAAGUUUGUAGAAGAUGACAAUUACAAACUUUCAUUAAAGAUAGAACCAGGGACCAGCACCCCCCACUCUGCUGCUUCCAGAGAAGAUUUAGUAGGUUCUGAAGUCGGAGCGUCUCCACAAAGUGGACGGAAGAAUGCUGCAGCUGAAGGAGCCUUGCUACCACCAACACCCCCUUCGCCUAGGAACCUGAUACCGCAUGGACAUAGGAAAUGUCACAGUCUGGGAUACAAUUUCAUACACAAAAUGAAUACGGCUGAAUUUAAAAGCGCAACAUUCCCCAAUGCAGGACCAAGGCACCUACUGGAUGACAGCGUCAUGGAGCCUCAUGUCCCAUCCCGAGGGCAGGCAGAAAGCUCUACCCUUUCUAGUGGAAUUUCAAUAGGUAGCAGCGAUGGUUCUGAACUCAGUGAAGAGACUUCCUGGCCAGCAUUUGAAAGGAACAGGUUGUACCAUUCUCUCGGUCCGGGGACAAGAGUGUCACGAAAUGGCUAUCGAGGCCACAUGAAGGCCAGCAGCUCCCUAGAAUCUGAAGAUUUGGCUGUUCAUUUGUAUCCAGGAGCAGUUACUAUUCAAGGUGUUCUCAGGCGGAAGACUUUGUUGAAAGAAGGCAAAAAACCUACAGUAGCAUCUUGGACAAAAUACUGGGUAGCACUGUGUGGAACCCAACUCUUUUACUACGCUGCAAAAUCUCUGAAGGCUACAGAGAGAAAACAUUUCAAAUCCACACCAAGUAAAAAUGUGUCAGUGGUUGGCUGGAUGGUGAUGAUGGCAGAUGACCCUGAGCAUCCAGAUCUCUUCUUAUUGACUGAUUCUGAGAAGGGAAAUUCAUAUAAAUUUCAAGCUGGGAACAGAAUGAAUGCAAUGCUCUGGUUUAAACACCUGAGUGCUGCCUGCCAAAGCAACAGACAACAGGUUCCUGCCAACUUGAUGACCUUUGAAUAACAGGCUAAUUCAAAACAAAAAAAAAGAACAAUUUGAACCAUCUCAUAAUUGAAUACAAGGUCCUGAUGAAAAAUAUGCCAGCUGUAUUCUGUGCCAGAACGGAGCCUGUCAACUCAAUCUCUGAACUCUGGAGCCCUGAACAAAACCACUAAUGGUUGGGGGGUAGAGUCCCCCAAAUUAAAAAUGGAGUUGCAACAUGAAUUGCCAUGGACCAUGCUUCAUUAUAUUCUCUAAACUGACCUGUGGAAACCACUGCCUUAAAGAGUGAAAGGAGAAACAACAUGAAACACCAAAUAGUGUGUGUGAAACUUCUGGCGGUGCUGUGCUUGAGUUAAAUAGAUGGUAGCUAGUUUGAGUUUCUUUUAACUUUAUACUAAUUUUGGAAAUAACUCACCUUUUUAGGCAUUCUUAAGAAAACAAGUAAACUGAUAUUUAAGAGUUGUAUCAAAAGCUAUGUGUGAACUGGGUAAAAGAGGUACUACACAUUCUAGAGAUGUUGUUUAGACUAUGCUAGGAGUCCUCAAUGGGAGCUUGUCCCAGGCACCCUAAGCCUGGAGCAAUGUUAUUUCUCUCAGACCUACAAGUAUAAGAAAUGUAACAACUGCAAGUUUAAAAUGCUUGCAAACCCUAGUACUGUAUGGGAGCCAUAUUCCCAACGAGUGGCACAAAGGCUGAGCACUUACACACCAAAAAUGGUUUUGGUACAUCGUUACCUAAUUCCUGGUUAAAAACGAAGUUCACGUGGUUUGGGUGGUCGGUGGGUGUAUGUGGAAGAGACAAAACUGAAAGCACUGUUGGGUCAGAACUGAGUGUUUUCUUCUCAUUUGUUUCUACCCUGUCACUCUCCUACA